AGGGUCGUGAUAUCGGCAUCAGCGACUGGCUGGUGGAGGCGUUGGGCUAUUGCACGCGGGGUAUUGAUCCUGCUUGAUCGUUGCUGAUACAGCAACCACCUGGUCGGGUGCAAUCUUGGCGUUUUGGUUGAGAGAGCACCGCUGCCGUUUUGUUUCUGUUUUUCGGUGGGUGUGAAGGCCACUGAUCUUACUUCACGGUUGACGACACGCUGAUCAACCAACUACACCUCACUUUGCAACUUAUCAACAGCGCUGCUUGCUAGAGGAGUUGUAUUCGGAGGGGGCUCAUGAGAUUGAUGGUGACUAGAGAUGCAAGAAAUUGAAGAGGCGCUGCAGCUGUUGACCAGUUGGGACCCACAACGUAUUCGAGCUGCUGCCAAAUACGAAGAUUGGUGGUUGAAUACACCACUGCACUUUGCCUGCCAAUUUGGUCAUGACGAGGAGGUGGAGAUGCUGUUAGGGCACGGUGCUGAUGUUAAAGCCAAGGCCAUCGAUGGCGAAACACCACUGCACAAGGCCUGCGGUUGCGAAAACGGUGCUGCCGAGGUAGUGGAGAAGAUGUUGGAGCACGGUGUUGAUGCCAACGCCAAGAAGCAAGACGGCCAAACGCCGCUUCAUGCAGCCUGCGCUGCCUACACUGCCAGCCGAAAAAGUAUCCACCAACUCUUGCGACACGGUGCCGACCCGGAUACGAGUGAUCUUACGGGUACACGACCCGUGGAUCUGCUCCUUCACAGGGAUUCCAUCGAGCUGGAGCUGAUUGAAGAACUACUGGGCGCAAUCCGUACCCCUUGCUCCUACCACACUUCGAAUUCCCAUGUCCAAUGCUUGAUCAAUGCGGAGCAGGUCAGACGCUGGCGCGUCGGCUGGCGCGUGGAUCCUCGAUUGUUCAAUAUCCAAGACCUACAAACGCUUUGUGACUGCCUGGCCGCUCGAACGUUCGCCGCUCAAACUGCACCUACAAAUUGA